CUGGAGCCGGAAGCAGAGACAGGAGAGACUGUGUAGACUCGCACGUCGGUUUUUGUUAUUGCUGUAAUGUAGAGGGCCUUUAGUGUUAUGGACAGGACCGCACUAUUCCUAUGUGCAGUCAUGUUAUAGCAUGUGAAUAGUUGGCGCCUAAAGGAGACUUUCUCACAAGGGAACAAGAGGGACCUCCUGUCUGAUGGCAGUAUCCUUUGCUGGGCUUUACUGAUCAACAUGUGUCCGUCUUUGGUUUGUUGCAUAGUUUAUUAUAUUUAGUUACGUUUUACUGGAAAAUGAUAGGAUUUCUGUGGUCCAGACUUUGCGGCUUAGAUAGCCCUGUUCGUCUCCAGCGGGCGGAAUCCACCCGUAGGGUGCUAAGCUUGGAGCUAAAUGAAGGCCGAGAUGUGGAACGAAUGCACGAAAACGGGGUUAAUACUUUGGAUGUGGAUCCGGUGGAAGGACGAUAUAUGCUGUCCGGUGGUGCAGAUGGUAUCAUCGUUCUGUAUGACCUGGAAAGUUCAAGUCAGAAGCCCUCCUUUACCUGUAAAGCACUGUGCAAAGUGGGCAAAGGCCACCCUGAUGUGCACAAGUUUAGUGUAGAGACAGUUCAGUGGUACCCUCACGACACAGGCAUGUUCACAUCAAGUUCAUUUGACAAGACUCUGAAAAUCUGGGACACAAACACCUUGCAGCUAGCAGAAGUCUUUAACUUUGAUGGGAAUGUUUACAGCCACCACAUGUCUCCAUUGGCAACAAAGCAUAGCUUAAUAGCAGUAGGAACAAAAAACCCAAAAGUGCAGCUAUGUGACUUGAAAUCUGGCUCCAGUAGCCACAUACUGCAGGGGCACAGAGGGGAAGUUCUGUCUGUUUCCUGGUCUCCAAGAUAUGAUUAUAUUUUAGCUACUGCAAGCGCUGACAGCAAAGCGAAACUGUGGGAUGUCCGCAAAGCAGCUGGUUGCCUGAUAACAUUAGACCAGUACAAUGGAGAAAAGUCCAAAUCUUCAUCAGAGGCUAUCAACACUGCCCACAAUGGAAGGGUUAAUGGGUUAUGCUUCACAAAUGAUGGUCUUCAUCUGCUGACUGUUGGUACUGAUGACAGAAUGCGCCUGUGGAACAGUGCCACUGGGGAAAACACUCUGGUCAACUAUGGCAAAGUUUCAAAUGACAGUAGAAAGGGUGUAAAGUUUACGGUGUCUCUGGGGUGUAGCCCAGAGUUUGUGUUUGUUCCAUAUGACAGUACCAUUGUUUUGUAUACCAUACACUCUGGUAAAAAAAUAAGUGUACUGAGGGGGCAUUAUAAUGAUGUGAACUGUUGUGUGUUUCAGCCUCACUUCCAGGAGCUUUACAGCGGUGGCAAGGACUGUAAUGUUUUAGCAUGGGUUCCAGCAGUACGUGAACCUGUUCCUGAUGAUGAAAGUGAAAAGUCAAAGUCACAUCUUCAUCCUGCACUUCAAGAUGCAUGGAGCAGUAGUGACGAAGAUGGCUGAAGCUAA